GGUUAUUAGUAUUUUAAGUUUCGGAGCGACUCAUGUGAGUGCUGUGAGAAUCGCGCUGUGAACGAUAAGAAUUUUGAUAUUUUUUUUCUCUUCGACAUCAUUUUAUUGAAAUAUUUCAAGCAAUUCAUUUGAUGUAAUUAACGAAGUUAUUGGCAACAGCAACAUAAGAUAAUAAUGACAUUUUUUGGGAUUACUGUGACAUUGAUUGUCUUGCCGCUAAUUUCAGCCGCGAGAAUUCAACUCAUAGAUAUUACACCGGAGGAAGCCCAAAGACUCAUCACGCAACAGAGCUUGGACCUGAGAUAUGCAAAAAAGCUCGAUGAAGGUUCGGCGGUCGGACGAAGUUAUAAUGGAAAAAUAAUUGAUAGCGAUGGAGAAUUUACAGAAGAAACGUACGAAGCAAACCAAUUUCAUGGCCAGGAUGGAUUGGGACGAGCUAUUUUUGGAUAUACCGACAACAAUCAAGCACGACUUGAAGCAAGAAAUGCUAAUGGGGAAGUGCGAGGUCAAUAUCAAUAUAUUGAUGCGUGGGGUAAUGACAUUCAAGUACAAUAUUGGGUAGACAGUUUGGGCUUUCAUCAAACUGAUAAUCAUCCUCAAUAUGAUUUACAACCCGUCACUGAGACACCGGAAGUGAAACAAGCUCGAGAAGAACAUGAAAGGUUAUGGAAAGCAGCAGCAAGACUUAAUGGAAUUGAUCCGGAUGCAAAUGGUUUCUACAAUUCACAUGCUGAUAAAUUGGAUAGCGAUGAGAAUGGUGAAUUGGAUGGGCAAGUGUCAAAUCAACAUCAAAGUUUGGCACGUUAUCCAAUUCUCCCUUAUUCGAAGCAUAUCGGACCGAACAAUGCGAAAUUCUUUGGGAAGGUUGAUGGAGAUUCUGUGAUUGUGGAAUCAUCAUCCAACAAUAAUGAAAAUCGUGUGAGAUUUGCACGACAACAACAAGAUCAAAUUGAAGAAGUGACAAGUGAACCGAGAGGUUUCUUUUAUAGUUUUGAUUAUCCUGUGCCAUAUAUCGUUGAAAGAAAUUCCAAAUUAAGACGUGGAGAACAAGAAGCUCAAGGAAGUGAAAGAAUUUCUUCUCUCAUUGACUUCCGUGCAUUCGAAGAUAAUAAAAUUGAAGCAUCAAAGACUGAAGUUCAAGCGGAAUUAAGAACGGAACGACCAAAUGUGACUCAAAGGAUUCAAGAACCUGUUUUGCCACUUGAAGUUCAUGAUACUCAAACAAGUCCAAAGCAACAAGUUUCAGAAGCAUCCGAAAGUAUCAAGUUAAAUAAAGUGCCAUCAAUAGAAGAAGUUCGUGGAGAAAUUUCAAGCCCCAAACCUGUAGCAAGUCGCAGUCGUGGAUCGGUUAAGUUCAGUAGAAAAUCUUAAUUCAAACAUUACAUUUUCAAGCUUUUAUUUCAUUUCCAAUAAAAAAGAGUUCAAAACAUAAGAAGAUUAAAUAAAUCCAACAAGUUAUAAAAAA